AUGACCAACGACUCCAUCAGGAAGUGGCUCGACGAGCUCAAGGACGCCGUGUACGACGCCGACGACCUGUUCGACGAGAUUGCCGCCGAGGAUCUAAAGCGAGAAGCCGGGUGCGAGCCUCGGGCCCUCGCUUGUAAGGUCUGCAGCUUCGCUUCGGACGCUUGUACGAGUGGACUAGGGGAUAAUUUAGAGAAGGUUCUGGAGAGAUUGGAGAGCGUGGUGAAGCAGAGAGAAGUGCUGGGCCUAAGGGAAGGUAUUCGCGAGAGGACGCCUAGAGCUUUGCCGACCACUUCAUUGGUCGAGGAAUCGGGCAUCUUCGGGAGGGAGAAGGACAGGAAGGCGGUGAUCGAGUUGCUCUUGUCGGAUCGGGGCGAAAAGAACACCAGCGUGAUGGCCAUAGUUGGGAUGGGCGGUGUUGGCAAGACCACGCUAUCUCAGCUCGUGUUCAACGAUGGUGUGGUGAAAAGGAGUUUCGAGUUGAGGGCGUGGGUUUCAGUGUCCGACCAAUUCGAUAUCUGCAAGCUGACGGCGAUGGCUCUCGAGGAGUUCUCCUCGUCUAAGAAGGAGGCCGAAAAUCUCAACCAGCUUCAGCUCCAGCUGAAGAACUUAUUGACAGGGAAAAAGUUUCUAUUGGUCUUGGAUGAUUUUUGGAAUGAGGACUUCAAUAUUUGGAAUGCGUUCCUAGUUCCUUUUACCUAUGGAGCAAGAGGCAGCAAAAUCAUCGUGACGACACGAAAUGAAAGAGUCGCAUCGGUUGCUUGUGCCGUCUCAACAUACCCUUUACAGAAGUUGCAAGACAAGGAAUCGUGGGACUUGUUCACAAAACAUGCGUUUGACCAGCAUAACUUCGAGGUGCGCUCGAGACUUGAAGAAAUCGGGCGAAGAAUUGUAAAGAGAUGUGAUGGAUUGCCUCUUGCGCUGAAGACUAUAGGUAGCUUGUUACGCAGUGAGUUUGGUAUCAGGAAGUGGGAAAUAAUUGCAGAGAGUGACAUUUGGGAUUUUCCACCUGGAAAGAAUGAAAUUCUCCCUGCGUUGUUGUUAAGUUAUCAUUACUUUCCUCCACAACUGAAACGAUGUUUUGCCUAUUGUUCAGUCUUCCCAAAGGAUUGUAGAUAUGAGAGGGACCGGCUGAUCUUACUUUGGAUUGCUGAGGGCAUGAUAAAACAACCUAACGACAGCAGGACAUUAGAGGAAGUAGGUGAUCAGUGCUUCUGUGAUCUAGUGUCUAGAUCUUUGCUUCAUAGAGUAAGCGACGUCGAAUCAAGUUUCUGGAUGCAUGACCUGGUCAAUGACUUAGCAAGAUAUGUAGCUAGUCGAUCUUUUUUUAGCUUGGAUGGAGGCAAUGCACACUAG